AUGUCUAUAAAACACUUAUUAAAGAUUCAGGUAUUUAUACUAUGUAUACUAAUUCACUGCACCAAGAACAUAUCUGCUCUUAAUUUACCAAUCUUAAAUGAAUCUAACCCGAAAAAGCCAAGUAGCCUAUCCCUGCCCAUUGGGGAUUUCUCCUCAGAUGAAGUUAUCCCGAUGAGCAAGAAGUCCUCAAAGAAGGGUUCUUCUAAAUCCACGAAGAAACAAGAAUCUUCAUCGAGUGAUGUGGAAAGCACUGAGGGUGUAAAGUCAAAAGGUAAAAGUAGCACUAAAAAUAAGUCUAAGAAGUCCAAAUCAGGUUCCUCAGAUAAAGAAGAAGUUCUUUCUGACUUAGUCUCUGAUAGUGAAAAGCCCGAGAAGGAUGCACCUGACGGUAAAUCCAAUUUUUCAUUUACAUCAGCAAUUGGAGAAUUCUUUAGCAAACGGAUUGUUCAAAUUAUUUUAAUUUGUAUUGGGGGCUUAGCAGUUGCUUCUGUUUUAAUUUUUAUAGGGGUAUCCACGAUCUCAAAUUAUAUAUCAGAAAGAAAUAACCGGCGUAAGUAUACGGCAUCUUUAAAACCCGCGUAUACCUCAGCAGGCACCAAGAAAGAAGCUCUGCAAGCUGCAAUAAAUGUAUAA